AUGUUCCGCGACGAAAGCAAAUCGGUAGUCCGAAAGGCGAUCGCGGCAACAUAUAAGAAUAAACAAGCGGAGCGAUCGCCUCGCACUGCAAUCCCAGAAAGGAAUCCAGUGCGGUCUGAGCUCAGUACGACAGUGGAUCCGGACUUUGAUUUCAACUCCGAUCCACAGCAUAUCUAUCUUAUGCGACAGCUCGGAAAUUUCCCAUUGGAGGUUCAGCCGUCGUAUGAGCUCGAAACCGCCAAAUAUGAAGCAAUCUGUUAUUUCCUGCGAUCCAAUGCCCUCCCCAACACUUUCUGGAAUAGUGAUACGAUAUCCCAUUUUUUGUUGCAUCCUGGGGGCUCGCCAAGCCAAAGAGCCAUGCAGGCAAGCGUGGUUGCUUCUGCCACGGCUAUGCUCUCGCGAGUAAGACGGUUACCAUCGCUUAGAGAUGUAGCCAGUCGGGAGUAUGGAACUGCUUUGAGAUUGCUUAACGCCGCUCUAGCCGACAUAGAGGAGGCGAAAACCAAUCAAACAUUAGGCGCCGUCAUCCUGCUUGCCAUAUAUGAAGUGGUCACAUCGAGAGCCCCGAGUAAUAUUGAAAGUUGGACCAACCAUAUCAAUGGAGCAACAGCCCUGCUCAAUAUACGGGGCACCGAGCAACUCAAGACUAAUGCCGGUCUCCUCUUGUUUUUGCACCUUCGGUAUCAGAUUGUGAGUGUCAUCAACCACCCUUUCGAUCUCAAGCUAACCCCUCAACAGAUCAUCAGUUGUCUACAGCGGGACGCACGAGUGCCCGAGUCACUGCUCGAAUGCACAAAACUCGCAAUGUUUCUCCAGCAGCCAGCAGAAGCCCACGGUAACCGUCUAACAAUGAUAAUUGCCAAACUAUCGAACCUUCGCGCAGACAUCAGCACCAGUACAUACAAAGAUGACCGGGAAAUCAUAUCAACAGCGUCAGCCAUCGAAGCCGAUUUAAUUGCCUGGCUGGCAGCUCUUCCACCGGAAUUCACAUAUACAACCCAUGUAAGAUCUCGCUUCGACUUUGCCUUCCAAAAGCAAUUCCGAGGCAUAUCACCUUAUGACGACCAGUACCACGUGUAUCCAACGCAGUGGGUCUGUAAUUCGUGGAAUCAAUAUCGCAGCGCCCGGAUUAUUGUCAGCGAAAUCAUCCUUUCGCGCGUCCGGCAAAUAUCCGACAGUUCCUCGCUGGCCUCGUUGUCCGAAGAGUUCCGUCUACACUGCAGGACGCUACGAUCAACGAUCCGGCGGUUGGCUGUGGAGAUCUGUCGUAGUGUGCCAUUUCACUUGAACGCCCACCAGGCACAGAGUGAGCCUAAUCUCCCGCCGCCUGAAAGUUAUAUUGGGGGUCUUGUGCUCCUCUGGCAUUUGUUUGUGGCUGGAGUGGUUGAGAAACCCGGACAUGGGCUGCGCCGUUGGGUGGUCAAGUGUUUGGAAAUGAUUGGGAACACUAUGGGUAUUGAUCAGGCGUUAGCGGUGGCGGAUAUUGUCGCUGCUGAUCCUGGUGUUUUACAUUCUGCGACCGAGGAAGAGGACUGA